AUGAUAAUUCUAAAAGAGUUGGCCGGUGGAGAGCAACAUGUUGGUAUAACUGAGGACCGUUGUAGGAAUAUGUUUAGGGCCAAGGGUAGAAAGUCUAUAAGGAUUGACUAUCAACAAGCCAUCAAUUAUUUAAAUAGAAAUCACACUACAGAUGCAGGGUUCUUUUAUGCAAUCCGUGUCAACGAGGAGCAACAGUUGACAGGGAUAUUUUGGAUAGAUAGUCGUGCACGAGAACAAUAUAAGAAGUUUAGUGAUGUAAUUGUGUUUGACACAACUUAUAAUAAAAAUAAGUAUAAGUUUCCACUCGCUCCAUUUACUGAUGUUAACCAUCACAUGCAAUGUAUAUUAUUCGGUUGUGGCUUAAUAGCCGAUGAAACGAAGGAUUCAUUCAUAUGGUUUUUUCAGACGUGGCUUCAAGCAAUGCACAACAUUCAUCCAAAGGCAAUAUUCACUGACGAAGAUCCCAGGAUAAUAAGAGCUAUCCGGCAUAUAUUUCCAUCUACUGUCCAUCGGCUAUGUGGAUGGCAUUUGGAGAAGCACAGGAUCAUUCACAUGAGGCCUUUAUUUAAGAAAUAUGCAGAUUUGAAAGCAGUAAAUAAAAAUUGCAUUAAUGAUUCAAAAUCACCAUCUGAAUUUGAGGUCAUGGGAAAGCUUGUUGACAUUGUUAUCUUCAUUCAUAAAGAAAUCAUGGAAGCCUUUGGAACUAAAGGAGAGAAUCUAAUGAUAUUGCAAAGUGAACUAAAACACCAAAGAAAGCUUGUGAGGAGCUUGGAAAAGAAAACUCUUUGGUCAAACAAUUUGGACAAGGUCAUGACGUUGGAGGUCAUGGGAAAGCUUGUUGACAUUGUUAUCUUCAUUCAUAAAGAAAUCAUGGAAGCCUUUGGAACUAAAGUUGUGCAGGCUAGUUCUCUACCCUUGUUUACAGCUAUUCCAAAGUGA